AUGUGUUUGCCAAUAUGUGGAAAUAUGAUGAUUUAAGGAGAUGAAUAAUGUGAUGAUGGCAAUGAUACUAUUUAUGAUGGAGUCAUCAUUGUAAAUUUAUUUGUGAUUUUAAUUGUAUCAAUUGUAAAUGGAUGGCAUUUAGAUGAUUUUAAUAAUUGCCAACAUAUUUGUGGGGAUGGAAUUAUAACUAAACAUUAUGAGGAAUAUAACUUAAAUCCAUUUGAUUUAUGUGAUAAAUGUAUUAUAGGAUGUUUAGAACAUUGUAUUAGAUGUGAAAAUGGAUUAUGUUACUUUAAUUGCUUACCUAUUUGUGAUGAUUUUACGAUAUUUGGUAAUGAAUAAAGUAAAGACUCGCAUUAAUAAGGUAAUUAGUUAAUGUUAACAAUGCAAAUUUAAAUGAAAUAGUAAUUGCGAAAUUUGUGCUUUAAGCCUGAAUGUCUCAAAUGUGAAUAAGGUGCGAAGAAAAGUGUGGAGAUGAAUUCAUAGCAGGUGAUGAAUAAUGUGAUGAUUACCUACAAUCUAUAACAAAUAUAAUUGUGGAAGUGGAUGUAUAUCUGUAAUUAUGGUAUUUGUGAACGAUGUUAAAGUGGAUACUUUGGAGAAUAAUAUCAUUGCAAAUCUAUUUGUGGAGAUAAAAUUAUUGUUCAUCCAGAAGUUUGUGAUGAUGCUAAUUUAGAACCCUAUGAUGGAUGUCAGUUUGUUAGUAUUCCAGUCUUCCAUAAUGUCUAACAUGUACAUUGGGAGUUUGCACUGAAAUGGGAGAAUCAGAUUUAGAUGAUGAAUAAUAUUAAGAUGAAAUUCCAAUUAGUUGUUCUGAUUAUUGUAACAUCUGUUAAGAUCAAGAUGUUUGUCUAGUGUGCUAACAAUAUUUUUAAUUAAGUAAUUCAUUUUAUAUUCCUAUUUGUGGUGAUGGAGUUAUCAUUCCUAGCCUUGAACAAUGUGAAGAUGGAAAUGAUAUACCAUAUUAUGGUUGCUAUUAAUGCUAGCGUUAAUGUUCUUACGGCUGUAUUGAAUGUGAAGAAAUGA